CCCCACCUCGAGCUCACAACAAAAUCGGCCCACAGCACUCUGCAGCAUCUCGCUCUCAGAUGCGGAUCUUCGGUCUGAUAUUCUCAAGAACGAGUUGCGGCGCUCGUCUUUUCGGUCAGGCUGCUACAUUUGAACCCGGCCGAAAUCCGUUCCUAUACUGCUUGCCGCCGUCCAGCUCCAUGCAAAACAAUGCGUCUUCUGCUACGCAACGACGCUGGUGAGAUCAGUCUUACCAAGUACUUCGUGGGCGACGAUCCAAUCCCUCCAUAUGCGAUCCUCUCACAUACCUGGAAGGAGGGCCACGAAGUCACAUUCCGCGAUUUGAUGGAUGGUACCGGACUGGACAAGGCUGGCUACGAUAAGAUUCAGUUUUGUGGACGACAGGCUGAACGCGAUGGUUUACCAUACUUUUGGGUGGACACCUGCUGCAUUGAUAAGUCCAACCCAGUGGAGCUUCGGGACGCUAUCAACUCUAUGUUUCGUUGGUAUCAGGACGCAGUGAGAUGCUAUGUCUAUCUUUCCGAUGUCUCGACAGUCAAGCGAAAAGCAAACGAUAAUUCCUAUCAAUAUACUUGGGAGCGGGCUUUUCGGGAAAGCAGAUGGUUCACCCGGGGCUGGACCCUCCAAGAGCUUCUUGCGCCGACUUCAGUUGAGUUUUUCUCCCGAGAACAGAAGAAACUUGGCAACAAACGAUCGCUAAGACAACACAUCCGCGAAAUCACAGGAAUUCCUAAUGCAGCACUUGAAGGAGCACGUUUGUCUCAGUUUAGCAACACCGAGCGAUUUUUGUGGAUACAAUGCCGCCAGACAAAGGUUGAAGAAGACAAAGCGUACUCACUACUUGGUAUUUUCGACGUCGAAAUGCCUCUUCGCUAUGGAGAAGGAUCCACAAGUGCGUUCAAACGGCUUGAAGAGGAGAUUGAUAAGCUAAACAAAUGCCUUCGAGACUUACGCUCAACUGAUCCCUGUGAUGACAAAAAGCGCAUCGAAGACACCAAGGGCGGACUGCUCGUAGACUCUUACCACUGGAUACUUAAAAACUCGGACUUCCAACAAUGGCGUGACAACCAACAGAGUCGACUGCUAUGGGUUAAAGGGGAUCCUGGUAAGGGUAAGACGAUGCUGCUCUGCGGCAUUGUUGACGAGUUAAAGAAGUCGAUAAUCAAGACGAAUCUCCUGUCCUAUUUCUUCUGCCAGGCCACGGACUCGCGACUCAACAGCGCCACGGCCGUGCUGCGAGGUCUGCUGUACUUACUUGUUAAACAGCAGCCGUCGCUCAUCUCCCAUAUGCGGAAGAAGUACGAUCACGCAGGCAAAACUCUCUUCGAAGAUCCGAAUGCCUGGGUCGCCUUGUCCGAGAUCUUCACACACAUCCUGCAAGACCCGAAUUUGAGCAGCACAUACUUGAUUAUCGAUGCGCUAGACGAAUGCAUCACGGACUUAUCAAAAUUGUUAGCCUUUAUUGUUGAGAAGACACCUGUAUCUUCUCGUGUUAAAUGGGUUGUCUCUAGCCGCAACUGUCUUGACAUUGGCAAGCGUCUAGGGAAGGUGGGACAAAGGGUGAAUCUUUCCCUUGAGCUGAAUACAGAGUCUAUUUCUAUGGCUGUCAAUAUAUACAUCCGACAUAAAGUGCUUCAGCUGGCCGAGGACAAGAUGUACAACGACAAGACGAGAGAUGCCGUGCUAGCUCAUCUGCUCGCAAAUGCGAAUAACACUUUCCUCUGGGUAGCUUUAGUCUGUCAAAACCUUGAGAAGACCCUACGAUGGAAUGCCGUCGCUAAACUAAGCGCAUUUCCACCUGGACUUGAUUCUCUCUACGAGCGAAUGAUGGAGCAAAUAUGCAACUCAGACGAUGCUGAUCUCUGCAAGCGGAUACUUGCCCUAAUUUCGAUUGUAUACCGACCCGUUACACUGAAAGAGCUAACAUCUCUUGUAGAGAUGCUCGACGACAUAGCCGACGAUCUAGCGUCAACCCGGGAGAUCAUUGACCUUUGCGGGUCAUUCCUUACUCAUCGAGAAGGCAUCAUCUAUUUUGUGCAUCAGUCGGCAAAGGACUUUCUAUUAACUACAGCAUCUAGUACGGUCUUUCCCUCUGGCAGGGAAGAGGUCUACUAUGCAAUCCUCUCAAGAUCUCUCCAGGUCAUGUCCAGAACGCUACAACGAAACAUGUACAACCUAGGUUCGUUAGGAUAUCCUGCUGAGCUGGUUACACAGCCAGAUCCAGACCCAUUAGCAGCAUCGCGCUACUCGUGUGUCUACUGGGUCAAUCACCUUUGUAACUGGAUUCCCAAUGCUUCUAUAGAUCACAGUCUCGACCUGCAAGAUAGCGGUGCUGUUAAAAGCUUUCUUGAAGAAAAGUACCUGUACUGGCUAGAGGCUCUUAGCCUUUGUAAGAGCAUUCCAGAGGGGGUUGUUUCGGUAGCAAGAUUCGAGGCUGUAAUCCAGGAAAGAGCAAAUGCAUGUGCAUUAAUUAAGCUUGUUCAAGACGCACGCCGAUUUAUCAUGUAUCACAAGUGGGCAAUAGAAAACUGUCCUCUGCAGGCAUAUGCGUCUGCACUUGUCUUUAGUCCAGCUCGCAGCCUGAUAAGGGGUCUUUUUAAGAAGGAAGAGCCAAGGUGGAUCACGAUAAAGCCGGCUAUAGAAGAUGAAUGGGGCGCAUGCUUGCAGACGCUCGAGGGCCAUAGCGAUGCGGUCAACUCAGUGGCCUUUUCUCACGACUCAACACGGCUAGCGUCGGCGUCGGCGUCGGCGUCGUACGACCGCACAGUCAAGAUCUGGGAUGCAAACAGCGGCGCGUGCCUGCAGACGCUCGACGUUACUCAGGUUGAAAUUGAUGUGAACUCUGAUUUCUAUGGGUGUCUAGCUCGUUGUUUAUAUACUAGGGGAAGGAGGGGGGCCAGCCCCGGGGGCAUAACGUGGUAUCUCUUCCUGACGCGUUACUUGAUUCAUCCUGUUUCCUGA